AUGGACUUGGCCGCGAUCGUGGCUGAAGUCAUCAAAGAUGCCAAAAGCUUGAAUGACGUGGAAGAUGCCAUUGCCCGGGGUGCCAAUGUGAAUGCUUCCGAGGACUCAAUGCCUGCAUUGAACAUGGCAGUGCAGGCACAGCACGAGCAGCUCGUAAAGCUGUUGCUCCGCUCCAAAGCACGUGUGGACGCUCCUGACCGAAAGGGUGUGACCCCGCUGCAUCUCGCAACGUUCGACGGGUCACUGGACACCAUGAAGACCUUGAUCUCAGCUAGGGCUGCUGUCGAAGCUCAAGACUGCCAUGGCCAAACACCGUUCUUCUUCGUUCCGAAUAGGCGGGCGUGUGUGGUGCUCGCAGAAGCGGGAGCUGACCCGAACGUCUUGAACUACAAAGGUCAGACGCCGCUGCACUUGGCAGCUCAUGCUGGCUUGAACGAUGCAGUCCAGUGGCUGCUGGAAAACAUGACAGCGAAGGCUUGCGACCUGCAGGACAAGCAUGGGCGAACGGCCGUGUAUUGUGCAGCUCAUUCAAAGCUGAAGCCGACCAUUUUGCUGUUGCAAGACAAGGGGGUAGAUACAUCCCUUCGACCAAAGAAGCAUCGUGGCAAGUCCGUCAGCUCUGCUUCCAAGCUCUUGGACGACAUGGCCAAGAAGGCGGAAGCAGCAAAGAUGCGUCGGAUGGAGGCCGCUGCUGUGCAGAGGGAGGAAGCUUUCGAGGCGCCGAUGGAGGCAGAGGCAGCGGUGCAAGAGGCGCUCGAGAGGGCCAGGGCUGAAGAAGAGGCAGCGGAGAUGCGCAGACAACAGGAACAGCAGCGGCUUGAAGAAGAGAAGCGGCAACGAGAGGAAGAGGAAGCCUUUCAGAGGGCCCUCGCAGAGGAAGAGGAGCGUGCGCGCCUGGAGGAGGAAGCGGAAAGGCGAAGAACGGAGGAGGAGGCAGCCGUGGCGGCUUUGGAGAAGGCCCAAGCAGAGGCGGCAGCUGAGAUGCGCAGACAAGAGGAGCAGGCAGCGCUUCAGAGAGCCCAGGCGGAGGAGGAGGAAAGGGAACGGCUAGAAGAAGAGAAGCGGCGACGAGAGGAAAGUGCACGACUGCAAGAGGAAGAGGAAAGGCGACGACAAGAGGAAGAGGCGGCUUUGGAGGCGGACUUGGAGGAGGCCCGUGCAGAGGCAGCAGCGGAGAUGCACAGACAACAGGAAGAGGAAGCACUACAGAGGGCCCUGGCAGAGGAGGAGGAGGAAGCUUCUCCGACCAGUUGGAGCAACACACAGGAAGGCGCAUGCUUGGAGGAGGAAGAGGAACGGCAAAGACAAGAGGAGGAAGCGGCAUUGGAAAGGGCCCGCGCAGAGGCAGCAGCGGAGAUGCACAGACAAGAGGAAGCAGAUCGAGCGAAGCGACGACGAGAGGAAGAGGAAGCACUGCAGAGAGCCCUGGCAGAGGAGGAGGAGCGAGAGCGAUUGGAGGAAGAAAGGAUUCGUCGGGAGGAAGAGGAGGCUCUGGCGAAUGCUCGUGCAGAACAGGAGGAGAAGGCGCGGUUGGAGGAAGAAAGGCGACGACUAGAGGAAGAGCAGGCGAUGGAAAAGGCACAAGCUGAGGAAGAGGAGCGCGCACGCUUUGAGGAGGAGGAGGAGCGGCAGA